GUUGCGCACCACCAAGGUCUACAUGGAUACAAGAAUAUUCUUCUUUGGAGAUAAACCUUGUUUAACAGGUGUCUCUUUUAGUGUUCUUCUUCAUACUAAAGUAAGUGUCCACUUAAAUAAUUUAGACAAUAUGAAACAUCAAUGCAAUACAAGUAUCUUUUAGAUUGGAUACUAACGCAGUAUUUCCUCGGUUUUGAGAUAUAUCAUCUUUUUAGUUUGUUUGCAUUACUUUUCAGUUUUUAAUGCCAUUGCUAUAACUAACAUCUCUGAAAACAUCUUUAUUAUAUGAUGGAGUAAGGAAAUCAGUGACAUUUGAGUAUGGUUGUAUACAUGUUUUAAUUAGUAUCAGUAUUUAGUAUGAAGAAGUAAGAUUGAUGUCCUUAUGACCCUUGAGGUUGUGUUGGUCCUAUAUUCAAGGAUUUGCAUGGCUUUGCUGCUUAUUGGAUGUUUGGAUUUCUGACUGUGAAUUUCUCUGGUGAAAGCCUUGUAGCAUCAGUGGCCAGUACAGGAGGUCCAUUACUGUUGUGUCAUUGUGUAUAAUUUCCCUGGUGUUUCUGAACUGAUGCUAUCUUGUUGAUCACUCAUUUUUAAUAUAGGUGGUCUCAAGGAAGUUCUGUCAGCACAAAGAAGUUGAGUGCUUAUCCUAAAUCUAUACCCUUUAAAAUAUGAGAAGUUUGCUACUGUUCACUUAUGAGCAGUGUAAUUACGAUUUUGCUCAAUUUAUUAAAUAAUUUUUUCCCCUGGUUUUUCUCCCUUCCAUUGCUUUUGAGAAAUUGAGAGUCUAUGUAAUGUACUCUUUUCCUCUCUCCACGGUCCUCCGGAUCAACUCCUCCCACAAUGUCUCCAUGUAAUCAUUCUCUCUCUAGGAGUUUCUUUCUUUUAAGCAGCAAAAAUGGCAGGAGGUGGGCAAUCAACAAAUGCUUCGUCUUCUGCUAGGCUUGCCUUCAUCGCUGGAUUGGAACACGAAAGUAUGAAGCUAAAAGUUCUCAAGGUCACACUAUUGAAAAUCAAAUUGGAAAUGGCAGAGAUAUGAGUAUUUUUACUGCGUAGUUGUUUUUGGAGUUGAAGCGGCUUCUGAACUUUAUCUCCUCCAUUGAAGUGGUGUCUGAGAUUGUAUCCAAUUAUUUGUUAGAGCCUAUUUGUUCCCACAAGGAUCUUGGUAAAGAUGUUGCACAUUUUUUUUUUUCAAACAGCAGUUAAUUUUAUGAUAAUUAAGGAAAACAAAAUGCUAGACACGGUCAUGUGUUGGACCUCUUUGCCUCUGCACUUGAUCAGGUUCAAAAUUGUUAUAGCAUCAAAUACACCAAAAACAGUACAAACUUAAAAGGAUAAAGAUAUCCAGGUUAGAGAUCCAAAAGCCUCGAAAUUUUCAGCUCUUGUUGUGGCAUUGACUAAGUUCAGAAACUAUAGGAACACUCUAUGUUUGAGCUGUAUUUUAUAACUGUUAUCUUUGUCUGUUGGAACAUAAAAAAUCUGUCUGGUCUUGCCUCCCAAUAUUGAAGUAGAGAGUAUUGCUCUAAAACCUCAGUACUUGUAAUGGUUUUGAGCAUCUAAAAAAUAGAUGCUCAAAUUUUUUAGUAAGACUAUUAUUAAAGGAAAAAGGGGAUAAAUAGGUGUAACAGACUUCAAUUGAGUUUUUGCUAUGAUUUUACACGGACUGAACUUGUUAGACUUUUGGCUUAGAACUUGGAGCCAAUUCAAAUUUUCAACCUUACAACUGUCCAACAAAGUGUUCUGUUUUGCUUGUUGAUCUUAUUGACUCAAUCAUUUAAUCCUAACAGAAGAAUUUGCACGCAUUUUCCAAUGCAUAUUGCUCAACAAACAGAUUGUCCAACACUGAGUUUUUUUUGUUUACUAUCAAUCUGCUAUAUCCGUUAUAUAUUUAUAUUCCCCAAUGUAUGUAAUAUUUUAUAAUGGCCUCUUGAUAUAUAUUGCUAAGGGGAAAAGACCGAACUACAUAUUAUAUGCUACCUAUCUAACAAUAUAGUGCUUAUCAAAUUGCCGCUAUUACCCUUUUCCUCCAAACGUUUUGAUAACUUGGGGGGCCGCUCGCGUUAGCACACGGACUAAAAACUAGUAAUAAACCUUUAAAAUGUUAACUUGCCUUCUGUUCCUUAUGAACAAUGUAAUGAUGAUUCUGCACUUAGGAGUAAAGUAAAUUUACCAUAUUGCCCCUAUGCUUUACCUGCUUUUCUAGCUUUUCCUCCCUCUUAAUUUUCUUUUGAAGCUUAUUCUGCCUUCUCUAUAAUCCUUUUCCAUCCCCUCCUUUUCAUUCUAUUAUUCCUUAUCUUUGUUUUCCUCUCUGAAACAAUGAAAUUGCAAUGUUCUCAUCCUCUUAUUUUCUCUCUAAUUUCUUUUCUCUUUUUCAUUAUAAAAUAUAAUACGAAGUAUUAUCAAUUUAGGGUGACAGGAGAUCAAGUUGUUAUUAUGAAUAGCAAUUCAGCCCAAGUGUCAGAAGAAGAAGAUAAAUGCUAUGGACAAAUUGAGGUGUAUGAGGAUUUUUUAAAAUACUGUUCUAUAAAUGGAUUAUACGAAGUAGUUUUUAUUUUUUUACUUAGGCUUUAGAAUGCAUGAUACUUGAUAAUAAGUGGUGAGCAUUAUCUUGGGAUUGGAUCAGAUUUAUAGUUUGAAGCUUAAUUAUACUCAUUCUGCAAAUUAAUGCUCCUGAAUUUUUGGAUAUGGAAUGAGGUACUGAAGAAUUGGGGGUUUUGUCAUCAAGCUCCCCUCCUAGGGUUUCGAAGCUGCCGUUUUUGGGGGUUUCGGGUUUCCUCUGUCUUUCGGUUGGUGACUGAAUACUCUAUAUCACUUUCUCUCUCAGUCCCCUUGCAAUUUCAGGGUAAUAUUAUCAACGAGAGUAUCAUGUUUCACAAUCUGUCCCUCCAAGGAAGCAUGGAUACUGAACGCUACCCAAAUAUUUGCAUCUUGCUCGUGGAUCCUGACCCUAGGUCCUCACAAAAUACAUUGGCCCUCCUGGUUAAUUCAAAUUACAGAGUCGUCACAGCUUGCCAAGGAGCUGAUGCUCUGGAGACGUUAGAGAAGAAGAAACGGAAGGUUGACUUGGUGUUGAUGCCCACCAAAUUGCCUGAUAUGUGCUCUUUUGAGGUUUUAGACAUCCUACAGAACAAAUAUAAGAUGGCUGUUGUCAUGCUUUUUGAUACUGAUCAACCAUGUGCUAAGGCGGAAUAUGUUCGGAAUGGAGCAAUGUUCUGUUAUGUGAAGCCACUGGACUCAAGGAUUGCUGCAACCUUGUGGCAGCAUGCUUUUGUAAAGGAAGUAGAACUUUUCAGACAAUCCCGUAGAUCCCCAAUAUCUGGUGUCACAUUUAAUGAGUCUGAAAUCCAUGUAGCAAAGAGAAAAUUUCAAGGCUCGUCUUCAUUUACUUGGACACCGUAUAUGGAGAAUAUAUUUCUCGGAAUUGUUCACGGUUUGGGAGUUUAUGAUGCUGAUCCAUUAGAGGUUCUUCGUCGUAUGCACGUUCCUGGGCUCACCCUUGAUGUUCUGAUUGACAAACUGCAGGAAUAUCAAGUAAGGCAGACUUUCCUGGACCACAGUAUCACAGUCUCCCCUACUCCAGUGUGUAUUAUUGCGCUGAAUUCUCGCAGUCAACUGAUGGGCCAAAACAACUAUACCAAUCCUGACCAGGCAUUUGCCCAUGAGCAAGGUUACCCAGGUUUUCUGCAGAAUCCUCGCCAGGAUCAACUGAACAGAGCUAGAGCUUACGAAAUGCCGACACCGCCAUUGGCACUGGUGAAUUCAGUGCCGUAUUUGCCUCAUGUGCCUAACAUGUCCCAGCUGCCUCAAGCUUCAGUGCCUCCAGCAAACACAGCUCAGAGGCUCAUUCUACCACCGUGGCCUCCUACUCUUACUUACCUACCUUCAUCGAGUGUGGCACCACCGGCGCCUGGCCAUGGAGAGGAUGAGAGCAAGCUUGGAGGUUAAAUUCAAGCCCGUCAGUUCUUCCCCUAAUGAUUGUUUUCAAUAAAAUGACUUGGAUGUUUGUCAAACCUUGAUGAAACUGUUGGCUGAAAUGCCCUUGUCAGACAGUUUGGUGUUUUUUUUUUCCCUGUUGUUGGAAGUUUGGCAGCAAACUUUGAAUAAUUGCUUCCCGGUAUUGCUUUCAUUUUCUAUGAUGCAAUGGUUUUUUAUUUCUUUCUCUUAGAAAUAUGUGUGUUUGUGUGUGUGUGUGUGUGUGUUUUUUUUUUUUUUGGAUAAAAAAGAUAUCUGGGCUUGGUUGCAAGACUUGCAACUGUUGCAAGAUUAUUAUGAAACUUGAAUUCCAGUUUCUCCCUCUUUUGGGUAAUCUACAAGUAAAGAUGUUGAGUUGUUGAUUUGAACUACAGUUUAACCAUGAUCAUAUCAUUUAUGCGUUGUUGAAA